UAUACCCACUCACUAUUCCUACACCUUCUCUAGUCUAAUCUGCACUGUAGGAAGGGGGUUGGUUUGUGAUGGUGAGAAGAUGCAGAUGGGUUCUAACAAACCAUUAAUUCUUAUUCUUUUAUCUCUGAUUCCUUUACUUAUUCUGAUCUCAACAUUGGUGAUUGUUUCUAGUAUUCCCCGUGCCUUGAAUUCUUCGUGGUUUUCAUUUUCUUUUUCAUGGAACCCGGAAGAGAUUAACCCUCCUCCGUCCACAGCAUUAAGUUCAUCUGCUUCUUCCUCAUUCAAUGCUUCAUUGCCCGACGUGCACAUCGCGGGAGGACGGUAUUUUCAACCUCCAUUGGAGAAAAAGCAAGAGACAUGGAAAGAUAAGAGAUACAGCAAAUUAGAGAGACUUGAGGCAGGUUUGGCUAGAGCCCGGUCUUCCAUAAGAGAAGCUGCUAGAAAUGGGAGUCUGAAAUCAACACAUGAAGACCCUGAUUAUGUUCCACAAGGUCCCAUUUACAGGAAUGCAAACGCCUUUCACAGGAGUUAUCUUGAAAUGGAGAAGCUGUUUAAGAUAUAUGUAUAUGAAGAAGGAGAACCUCCGAUGUUUCACAAUGGUCCAUGCAAGAGCAUUUACUCUACAGAGGGAAGAUUCAUCCAUGAAAUGGAAAAGGGAAGCGUUUAUCGAACCACAGACCCGGACCAAGCCCUCCUCUACUUUCUUCCAUUCAGCGUGGUGAUGAUGGUUCAGUACCUGUAUGUGCCGGACUCCCAUGAAAUACAUGCCAUUGAGAAUACAGUCAUUGACUACAUCAACCUCAUAUCCCACAACCACCCCUUCUGGAAUCGAAGCCUUGGUGCUGAUCAUUUCAUGCUCUCUUGCCAUGAUUGGGGACCGCGGGCAUCGACCUCUGUUCCAUAUCUAUACAACAACUCCAUCAGAGUGCUGUGCAAUGCUAAUACUUCUGAAGGAUUCAAUCCCUCUAAAGAUGUGUCAUUUCCAGAAAUCCAUCUUAGGACUGGAGAAAUGAGUGGGCCUCUUGGCGGUCUCUCCCCAUCUCGCCGCCCCAUUCUCGGCUUCUUCGCAGGCCGCUUACACGGACACAUCAGGUACCUGCUUCUGGAGCAGUGGAAGGACAAAGACAAAGACUUGCAAGUGUAUGACCAGCUUCCUAAUGGUGUAUCUUAUGACUCAAUGUUGAAGAAGAGCAGGUUUUGCCUGUGCCCCAGUGGCUAUGAAGUGGCGAGCCCGAGAGUUGUGGAAGCUAUAUAUGCUGAGUGCGUACCAGUAUUGAUCUCAGACAACUAUGUACCCCCCUUCAAUGAUGUUCUCAACUGGAAGUCAUUUGCAGUGCAAGUGCAGGUGAGAGACAUAGCCAAUAUCAAGAGGAUACUGAUGGGCAUAUCCCAAACUCAGUACCUGAGAAUGUACAGGAGGGUGAAGCAGGUCCAAAGGCAUUUUAUGGUGAAUGCAGCUCCACAGAGAUUUGACGUUUUCCACAUGACCAUUCACUCCAUCUGGCUGAGGAGAUUGAACAUUCGCAUUCAGGACUGAUUAUAUGUAGAUAUAUAUUCUUGCUUAGCUCUCUCCUCGUUUGGACUUUUCUCAGGCUCUGCUCACUUGCAAGGCAGUGAUAGCUCACCCUACUCACCAGCUCAAUUCCCAUUCUGAGUUCAUCAGGUAGCCUUCAGCCCAUGAUGAAGGUGUAUUAAUUGGGCUAUUCUCCUUCCUGGUUUUCUCCGGUUUCCAUUGUGAUUCAUUUUCCCAUAGAUUGAAGUACCCCCUUUUGGUCUCUUGUACUCUUUAUUUGUCUCAGUUUGCACCAAAUUCUGGAACACUUUCCUUCA